AUGGCCCCCCCUUGUUGGCCCCAUGCACCCCGGUUUUCCAAACGGACGGCUGUGCCCCCGGGCGACGAGGGUGGGCUGUCAUCUGCCCGCGCCGUGAGUCCGCUGCUGGUUGACAUCAGCCCGGGCUUAGUUAUUACCAAGCUCUCUUUCCAACGGCGUGUUUCUGAAGGAUUCCAUACACCCCCUUCAGCCAGGCCAAAAGAACGGACCAAGCGUCUCGACAAACGGUACAUGGUUGGGCGUGCGGUCCAGGAGAAACCAAGAGCGAGUGCCCCGGCCGUUGUUGUUUUGGGUGUCCAUUCAGACGACGGGAAGAUCCCUAGCGUAUUCCGGCGCCCGGAGCCACUGUUGUCUACGGCUCACUGCAGCGAGGGCGUGUGCAUUCCCCCGAGCCGGGCACCGGGUGUUGGUUCCGACCAGGAACCCACCGGGGAGACAGUACUUGAAAGCACCCGCCGAAGUCAAUGUCAGCGACCCCCGGACCUCAAGAGCGAAGGGGAUAAGGCCGCGAUGUCGCAGGGGGAUUCUGCGCCUCGCCCAGUCUCUCGCAAUUCCUCGCAGUCUCCGGCGACAGCGACAGCGACAAAUACCGCAUCCUCCCCCCCUCUCCAGCGAAGCCGUGCCUACCGAGAUGACGCAAGACCACAACCGCCGCUUCGUGAUCCCAGCGGCUUCGAGCUAACUCAAGGCGAGGGGAACAACCAACCAGGAGGAAACGGGAGUUUGGGCCACAUACCAAACCCGGCCGGUUCAUACGGGAGCUUGCCUGGGCAGUCACCGUCUCUUUCACAACCUUCGACUUCGGGAGGGACUCAACCACCCAGCAUGGGAGCUGGCCAGUACGGGACGGAGGGAUCUCCGUCCCAUCACUUUGCCUACCAAACGCCAGGCCUUACCACGCCACGGUCAACACACCAGGCCAUCCCCUCGACAACGUCUCCGGCGAGGCCGCUUACGUCGGCGGACCGGGGAUCCCCCCAGGCUGUCCACCCGUACCCCAUGGCUGCGAGGCGAAUCUUGACGCCGAAAUCGCCUAGGACAGCGGGCCUGAGCCGAGCUGCAAUGAGGACAGUGGACGCACAACAUCUCACGGCGAGCCUUCCGACCCCUGGUCAAAGAGGCGCCACCUCGGGACAUGAUGUCCAGACACACGGCAGCGCGCCUUCGCCCCUGGGGCCACCACCGCAGCUGCGCAACUCCACCCUCGGACAGGGACCCGCGGCACCCCCACCAACCCGGCCAACAUCUGGCCUUUCCCGCUCGCUUUCGCAUCCCAACUUGAGCCAUGAACCCCCCCCAACCCCAACCUCCGAACCACCGCAGCCUAGAAGCCUAAAACGUGAGCACAAUGGGCGACCGGUAAUUUUGGGACCCCCAUUUGCGUCGCCGCUGCCUACUGGUCAACAAUAUGGUGCGCCGGGGGUUCUAGGAGACCCGAGGUGGGGGCCCGGGCUUUUUCCGUCGAUGCCUGCUGGCGGGGGAGGAAACGUGGGCAUGAGCGAAGGGCAACCACUCUUGACCAUUACCCCGAGGCAUGGCGAUGAGAUCGUGGUCCCCAUUGACGUCCAUCAGGGCUCCAAGCAGGCAGACCAGAAACGGCAGCGUAACGCAGGGGCCUCAGCAAGGUUCCGACAGCGGAAGAAGGAGCGCGAGAAGGAGCAACAAGAGGAACUGCAGAAGCUGGAAAACGAGAACCGGGAGCUGGAGAGGAGAAACGAGGAGCUUGCCAGGCGCUUCCAAGCCCUUGAAGCUGAACGGGAAUUUUACCGGAACGAACGAAACCGACUACGAGAUAUUCUCACUCAAAUGCCCGGUGGCAGCGAGUGGAUCGGUCGGGGGCCACCGAGCCCGGUCUCGGGAACGGCAGGAGGCCCUCCCUCCGACGGCAACGCCCUGCUCGCUCACCAGCCGCAGCCGCCUCCUCCUCAUAACCACUCCCAGCCUCAACACCAUCAGGCUCAAUUCUACCAACCCCUGGCCCAUCCGCUAGCUCACACGCACCCGCGGUCUGGUUCUUAUGGCGACUCGUCCUCACUCGAACCUCCCGCCAGGCGGAGGAGAACAGAUUCCGAACCGCAGCUGCCAACUACCUCAUACAACCUCAUGACUCCGACGACGUUACCGCCCAUUACGGGACCCUCGCCCCCGCAUUCCUCCUUCGGCAUCCCCCCGUCGCCACACGUUACACCGCCCCUGGGCGCCGCGCGGUUGCCGCCGCUGCGGUUCGAUCAGGCUCGAACACCGUCGACAACCCCACCACCCGUCCCCACCGCGCCGCCGCCGCAAGGGAUUCCCUCCCAGUCCGGCAGCCCCUACAUCAGGUCGAGGAGAUUCCCUCACGAGACCGGGUGGGCUACCGACCCGCGCCCGGAAACGGAGGGCGGCCCCAGGUGA